CUUGGGCCCCUCGUGUCCAGCUGCCGGGGAGGAGGGGACCCCUGCUCUGCUGCCUUAGUGACUGGCGCCGUGGCUGCGGAGCCCUGAGCGGUAAGGAAACUGAGACUCAGAAAAGAUACAUGAUUGACACAUGGCUGUAUUGCUAAUCAGAAUUCUUCAAGAUCUGGAGGCUAUAGUGUUCUGAAGUUAGCAUCUGGUACCACUUCAGAGACAGAGACCUUCAGUGAUAUAUGUAUCCUUCUGUAAUAGAAGAUGAUUGAAAACAAGGGACCUCGUGUGGCUGAUUAUUUUGUUGUAGCAGGGUUGACUGAUAUUUCGAAGCCUCUUGAAGAAGAAAUUCACUUCAACGAUGCAUGCCAUAAAAUAGCUAAACCAAAAGAACCUGUCACAGAUGUGACAGUUAUCAUUAAAUCUCUUGGUGAAGAGGUACCAAAGGGUUAUACCUGUAUAGAUGUUACCCCAACUGGAUUGUCAGCAGAUCUCAAUAAUGGAAGCCUUGUGGGGCCACAGAUCUACCUUUGUUAUAGAAGAGGAAGAGAUAAGCCUCCACUCACUGAUCUGGGGGUCUUAUAUGACUGGAAAGAAAGAAUAAAACAAGGCUGUGAAAUUAUUCAGACUACUCCACAUGGUCGCCCUGCAACCAUUAGUGGUAGUACCUCAUCACAAAGAAUUUAUGUCACUUACAGGAGGGCCUCUGAGAGCAUGACACAGAACACGUUAGCUGUCACAGAUAUCUGUAUUAUCAUACCUAGUAAAGGAGAAAGUCCACCACAUACAUUCUGCAAAGUUGACAAGAAUCUCAAUAAUAGUAUGUGGGGAUCAGCAGUAUACUUGUGUUAUAAGAAGUCUGUGGCAAAGACUAAUACUAUAUCCUACAAAGCUGGUUUAAUAUGCAGAUAUCCUGAAGAAGACUAUGAGUCAUUCCCAUUACCAGAAUCAGUUCCCCUCUUUUGUUUACCAAUGGGGGCAACUAUUGAAUGUUGGCCAUCAAAUAGCAAAUACCCUCUUCCUGUUUUUUCUACAUUUGUAUUAACUGGAGCUUCUGCUGAAAAGGUCUAUGGUGCUGCUAUUCAGUUUUAUGAAUCAUACCCUGAGGAGAAUCUCACCGAAAAACAAAGAUUUCAUUUGGGAUUAGCAUCUUCUAUGGUGGGGAAAUCUGAUAGCUCCAGAACAGUUCACACUAAUAAAUGCAUCUGCCUUCUUUCUCACUGGCCUUUCUUUGAUGCCUUCAAGAAGUUUCUGACUUUUCUAUAUCGUUAUUCCAUCUCUGGACCUCAUGUCCUUCCAAUUGAGAAGCAUAUUUCACACUUUAUGCAUAAAGUUCCUUUUCCAUCUCCUCAGAGGCCACGAAUUUUAGUUCAGUUAUCACCACAUGAUAAUCUUAUUCUUAGUCAACCCGUAUCCUCACCUCUUCCUUUGAGUGGCGGCAGGUUUUCAACACUGCUACAAAACCUGGGCCCUGAAAAUGCCAUAACACUGCUUGUGUUUGCAGUAACAGAACAUAAAAUUCUCAUCCAUUCCCUGCGGCCUUCUGUCCUGACUAGUGUGACAGAAGCCUUAGUCUCUAUGAUAUUUCCUUUCCAUUGGCCAUGCCCAUAUGUUCCUCUUUGCCCACUGGCUUUAGCGGAUGUUUUGAGUGCACCAUGUCCGUUCAUAGUAGGGAUUGAUUCAAGAUACUUUGAUCUCUAUGAUCCACCACCAGAUGUUAGUUGUGUUGACCUAGAUACCAAUACCAUUUCUCAAACUGGAGAUAAGAAGACUAUAGCCUGGAAGAUACUUCCAAAGAAACCGUGCAAAAAUCUGAUGAACACAUUGAACAAUUUGCACCAGCAACUCGCAAAAUUACAACAGAGACCCAGAGAAGAUGAAUUAAUGGAUCUAGCAAUGAAUGACUAUGAUUUUAACUCAGGAAAGAUAUUGCAUUUGAUAGAUAUGGAAAUCCAGGAGGCAUUUUUAGGUUUCAUGGCCUCUAUAUUAAAAGGUUACAGGUCAUACUUAAGGCCAAUAACACAAGCCCCAUCUGAGACAGCCACAGAUGCAAGUUCCCUUUUUGAGCUACAAGGGUUCUUAAAAAGCCGGGACCGGUCCCAUCAAAAAUUCUACAACAUGAUGACCAAAACACAAAUGUUUAUUCGUUUCAUUGAGGAAUGUUCCUUUGUCAGUGACAAAGAUGCAAGCCUGGCAUUUUUUGAUGAUUGUGUGGACAAAGUAGAUAUGGACAAAAAUGGUGAAAUGCGACUUAUAGAACUGGAUGAAUCCUUCAAAAGUGAACAUACUGUUUUCGUAACCCCACCUGAGAUCCCACAUCUACCUACUGGUGAAGAACACCCUUUACAGUACAGCUAUAAUGGAUUUCCUGUCCUGAAGAUAGAUUUAUUUGAGAGGCCAGAGGGAUUUCUGCAAACACAAAAUAAUAAACUGGCUUCAAAAAAUAGUAGUCCUAAUAGCCCUUCAGCAAUGUUCAGAAGAACUAAACAGGAAAUAAAGUCAGCUCAUAAAAUAGCAAAGAGGUAUUCCUCCAUCCCUCAGAUGUGGUCCAGAUGCCUGUUACGUCAUUGUUAUGGUCUGUGGUUUAUUUGCCUCCCAGCAUAUGUGAAAGUGUGCCAUUCAAAAGUCAGGGCUCUGAAAACAGCCUAUGAUGUACUUCGAAAAAUGCAUUCUAAAAAGAUUGAUCCUCCUGAUGAGGUCUGCUAUCGGGUUCUUAUGCAGCUGUGUGGCCAGUAUGGUCAGCCUGUUCUUGCAGUACGAGUACUUUUUGAAAUGAAAAAAGCUGGUGUUCAUCCCAAUGCCAUUACUUAUGGUUACUAUAAUAAGGCUGUUUUAGAAAGUACCUGGCCUUCAAGCAGUCGAAGCGGUUAUUUUCUGUGGACCAAAAUAAGAAAUGUUGUUUUAGGAAUAGCACAGUUCAAAAAAGUUUUAAGAAAAAAUGCUCAUCUAUCACAUGCUCCUCUCUCAGAUGGCAGUGACCUGGAUGCUGUUAGUCAUGGCAGCAUGGAUAGUUGUAAUGACACAAACACUGUGGAGCAGGCACCCUUCAACACUGAGUUAAUCAAAGUAGAUUCUACUGAUGAUAGAUCUAGUACAGGGGGUCAGUCAGAUCUUGGAUAUAAUUCAUUAUCCAAAGAUGAAGUUAGAAGAGGUGACACAUCAACCCAAGAUUUACAGGAAGAAAAAGAGGACAAGAAAGAGAGUGAUUGUAGUUCCUUGUCUGAGAAUGAGAGUGCAAAAGGAAGUGCUGAUUGCCUUCCUAAGCUCAAUUAUCAAAAUAUGGGCAGUCUAAAUCCUACAUCUAGUAUAGUUCGCCUCAGUGGUAUGAUUAGCCAUGCAGAUGAAGUAUCAGGAGGAAGCACAGAAGAUGCAUCUGAGCUGCUAUUAAUAUCUUCUUUUGAAGAGACAAAUGAAACAGAAAAUAUUGAAAGAGGUUUCAGAAAAAGACACCGAAGUGAUGCAGAGCCUGCUUUGCAGCAACAGAUGACUUGGGAAAACAGAAAUCAUAAUCUUAGUGGAGGUGUAUUGAUGGGACUUAUGAUCAAUAGGAUUAGCCAGGAAGAAAGUCCUGGAGAAAUGGUUGAAAAAUUAGGAGCUGAUGCAAAAAUUCUUUCAAAUGUUAUGCAGAAAAACCCAAGGCCAAAUACCCUUGAUAUUGGAAAUCCAUCUUUAAGGUCAAAAAGAGACAGUCUGGAAAAAGAAUCUAGUGAUGAUGACACACCUUUUGAUGGUACCAACUGUUUGGCAGAUAAAACUGACUCUCCUGUGAUUUUUGACUUAGAAGAUUUAGACAGUGAAGUAGAUACAUCAAAAGGAGGCACUGUCCCUGCACAAAACCCUAAAAGAGUGGAACGAAUGAAUAGCAGCUUCUCAAUAAAACCUGUUGAGAAAACUGAUGUUGCAGCUGGGUUUGAUCCACUCUCGCUUUUAGCUGCUGAAACUGAGCAGCAGCAGAAAGAGGUGGAAGAAGAUGAGGGUAAUGAUGAAAACAAAAACAUUUCCACACCAUCAGCCAGAAGAGAUUUAGCUGAGGAAAUUGUGAUGUACAUGAAUAAUAUGAGCAGUCCUUUGACCAGCCGUACACCAAGCAUUGAUUUACAACGGGCUUAUGAGGACCAAUCAGCAAAUAAGAAAAGUCCAACAGUAGCCAAGCCAUGCAGAAGGUCUAGCCUUCCUCCCAUUUCUCCCAGGCCAAUGCGUCUUACCAAAUCUAAAAGUUACUACAUAAAAAAUGAAAACAGACCCAGGGAUAGACUCUGGUCUUCUCCUACUUUCUCACCAACCUGUCCACUUAGGGAACAGUCUCAGGAUGUGACUGGUACAUUAACUCUUGUUUCAUCACCUUCAUUUAAUUUAGAUACAUUAAUAACGCCUAAAUUGGGUGUUCUAAAGAGUAGUAUGUUCUCUGCUGGAAAAGGUGUUGCAGAGAGGGCAAGCAAAUGGUAUACGAGAUUCACUAUGUAUACUACACCCUCCAAGGAUCAGAAUUCAGACCGAACCAGCCUUUCUUCAGUCGGAGCCCUAGAUUCUGAAUCUACCUCUUUAACAGAUGAAGAUGUUUGCAAUGAAUUUGAAGGAAUGCCUUCCCCUCAAGACAAUAAUGGCUCUUCAGAGGCAAAGGGAAUGGGACUUAGUAGAUCAAGUCUGGAAAGUACUGCCUCUUGCGAGGGUCCCCUAUCAAAGUUUGUGUUACCUGGAAAAUCAGAGUUAGCAUCUUCUUGCAGCACAAGUAGUACAAAUAUCUUCCAGAACUAUGCUAUGGAGGUUCUCAUAUCAAGCUGUUCAAGAUGUCGAACUUGUGACUGCCUAGUACAUGAUGAAGAAAUCAUGGCUGGUUGGACAGCAGAUGAUUCAAAUCUCAAUACUACGUGCCCUUUUUGUGGAAAUCUUUUCUUACCCUUUCUAAAUAUUGAAAUAAGAGAUUUACGACGACCUGGCAGGUACUUUUUGAAGUCCAGCCCCUCUACUGAGAAUAUGCAUUUUCCAUCAUCGUGUUCAAAUCAAACAAGGAAGUCCUGCAUUUCUUCAUCCGCCUCAGGCGUUGCUAUUUCUGCUCAAGAGAAUUGUAAUGCAAAUAGCAAAUGUAAAGAGCAAGAAAAUUCAUGUGCCCGAAGUAUUCAGAUCCCUGAAGGGAGGAGACAAAAUAUGAGCACAUCAAAAUGUCCAAUAUUUCCAGUGGCCAGGAGCAUCAGUACGUAUGGUCCCUUAGACAAGGAAGAAACAGGAGGCCAGAAGAUUAGCCACAUUGUGUCUACAGGCAGUCUGCCAGCAACUUUGCAAGGCACAACGGAGUCAUUGGGAUUAGAGUGGGACCUUCCAAGUCCAGACCCUAUUACUGUCCCAUAUCUCAGUCCAUUAGUGGUAUGGAAAGAACUGGAAAGUUUAUUGGAAAAUGAAGGCGAUAAUGCAAUAACGGUGGCAGACUUUGUAGACCAUCACCCAAUUGUAUUUUGGAAUCUAGUGUGGUAUUUUAGACGUCUGGACUUACCCAGUAAUUUGCCUGGAUUGAUUUUGUCUUCUGAGCAUUGUAAUAAGUAUUCUAAGAUUCCCCGUCACUGUAUGUCAGAAGACAGCAAAUACGUUUUAAUUCAGAUGUUAUGGGACAACAUGAAAUUACACCAGGAUCCAGGACAACCCUUAUACAUCCUCUGGAAUGCACAGACCCAAAAGUACCCAAUGGUCCAUUUAUUGCAAAAAGGUGAUAACUCAUUUAACCACGAACUAUUGAAAAGCAUGGUAAAAAGUAUUAAGAUGAACGACGUUUAUGGACCAAUGAGUCAGAUUUUGGAGAUACUGAACAAAUGGCCUCAUCUUAAACGACAACGGAGUUUAUAUAGAGAAAUAUUAUUUCUCUCACUUGUGGCAUUGGGAAGAGACAACAUUGACAUAGAUGCAUUUGACAGAGAAUACAAGAUGGCAUAUGAUCGUCUUACACCUAAUCAAGUCAAGAGUACCCACAACUGUGAUAGACCACCAAGCACAGGAGUGAUGGAAUGUCGAAAGAUAUUUGGCGAACCUUAUCUUUAAAAUAAAUUUAUGUGUAUAUAUUUACAUAAAUAUGUGUGUAUGUGCAUAUAUGCACACACCAUAUAUGUUUUGUACAGUCUAUGUAAAAAUUACCAUUUCAGUCUCUAAGAAAAUUUCUAUCUUCAUUUUUUGAAAAUGCAUUUGCAGCAGAGUCAGACAGCCCUGAUAAACUACAAAUGUUUUAGGUAAAGAAUAGUAACAAGUGGGCUAAACACUGCUUUGCUUCCUGGUCCUUUUGUCGUUCCCCUCUAUAAAGAGUUACAUGGUGGGGAAAAACCAUAAUUAAAAGUAAUUGUCUUAAAAGAAGACAGUCUCUUGGAAAACAGUGAUAAAAAUCAUGUAUUAAUACUAAUAAGUAACAUAAAAUCAAAGGAUCUGCUGUUUACAUAGAUUAUUCAGAUGUUAUAAAAAACACAAGGUUGUAUUAUACAUGUUUUAAAUUGUUUAUAGUAAGUUGAUAUUUUUUUAAUUUUUUUAAAAUUACUAUAGCAAACUUAAAAUGAAUUUAAACUUUAAAUGAGCAAUUUAGCGCUCUUCCUUCUAAGUCUGCUGCUAUUUGGAACCAAUAGUCCAACCUGUUUUCAAAAGGGAGAGAGGAGUGUAGGAAGGAGGGGAGGACACACAAUGGUCAAUAAAUGCCAACCCGAGCCCCAGUGUUGUCCUGGGUUCAGUUUGCAUUUGUACGUUGGGAAGCCAUAAGUUUGAAAGUGUUGUACAUAUGUGUAAGUUGUAGAGUGAUAGACUCCAUCCACUGCCAAGAUUGGCACACUGACAAUCUUGAGAGUAGUAGAAGUCCCAAAUAUAAUUCUCCAGUACCUUCUAAACUCAGGCCCAGCAUACAGUGAAGAAUCCAGCACUUUGUUGUUGUUGUUGCUAAUGGCACUUAUAUACAGUACAUUGGGGGGGGAACUUGCAAAAUUAAACAUAAAUUUUAUAAAUAUACAUAAUGGUAUACAUUCCAAGUAGGUUGACACUACUCCAAAAGUUUUAUCCUAAUUUUAAUGUGCAAGAUAGCAAUUAUGGCAGAUAUACUCCAAUUUUAAUAUAUGAGAUUGGGUAUGUCAUCUUUGCUAUAUGGUAGUUAUAGGGAACACAAUCAGAGCACUCCAUUUAGAAUUAUAUUUAAAAUAUAUUUUUAUUUUACAUGGAGCAAAACAUUCAUUUUCUAAAGGGAUAAAUUACAGAACAGAUCUCCCAUAUUAAAUUAUGUAGCUUUUGAAAUAAGCCAUCAAGAUCUAUAAAUUAUGGAAACUAGACAAUGAGCUGAAUGUUCAAGCAUUAUUGCUGGUUAUUCAGAGAUACCUGAAAUUGAUUUCGUUUUGUUUUGUUUUGUUUUAAACACUUAGUUGUGCUACUCUAUUCAGUGUUUUUUAAGUUGUUACUUCCAAGGGGAAAAAGUAUCCCCCUGUUACCAUUAGUCACUUUAAUGAUUUUCAUUGUUUGGAUUGUGUGCAUGUGUUGUCAUUAACAAAGGAAAAUUGCCCAGAUAAUGUGCUGAGAUGGACCAAGGAAAUGAUCCCAAAUUGUGUGUGUGUGUGUGUGUGUGUGUGUGUGUGUGUGUGUGUGAAGCAAUUUGUUGAAGAGGAUAAGACGUGCCUUUACUGUAAUGUAACUAAAAGUCCCAUCAUUCAUUUUCUAAAUCAUUUGAACUACAAAUGGGCCUCAUUGUUAAGUCGAGCCACUAGUGAAUGGUCUCAACUUAAAGGAUUUUACCAUUUUCCACUUGGGGAAAUGAUGAGCAUGAAAUAUAUGUAAUGCUCCUAAGUCGGGCUUAUAUUGACAUUAGCUUACUUCAAUGAUGUGAUGUUGUGCCUGCUUCUUUUUUCACUACCACAGUUUCUAUUCCCAACUAAUUGUAAGCUUCUCAUACUUGGUAUUCUAAUUCUCUAAUUCACUAAUAAAUUUGAAAAUUUUUAUCCGUAAGCAUCUUAGGAGACAGUAUGUUGGAUAGCUGUGAGACUGAGCAUGAAUUUAGUCCAAGUCAUUUUUGUAAUGAGGUACUUGUGUAUUGGAUUUUUUUUUCCUAUAAAAGGCUUUCUCAUGGCUAUUUACUUUUUUCUUAGCUACUAAUGUAUUUUACAUUCUUAUAUAAAUCUAAAUGUCCUAUUAUUACAGUCCAGAUACAUUUGGGAAGUGGUUGUUUAAAUUAUCUUAUUGUCUGGAUUCUGUUCCUAGUAUUUGGGCCAGUUUUUUAAAAAUAAUUCUAUAUUCUAUAGAAGUAUUUUUCCAGAAUUUUACCUUUUGCAGAUAGAGAGUGAUGGAAAAUUAAGUCAGGAGAACUGUGAGGAAAGCACCCUUUUUUGCCACAGGUAUUGUGCUUGAUCUAUGUGAUCAUAUAGACAGAUGUGGAUAGUUGAAGUUCCUUUCCCAUUUGGUACACUGUCUCAUUUUAGAAUGCUUGGUUUGGUUUAGACUUUGAAAUUGUUGAAAUUAAGUAAAAACCAUACUGCUUACUGAUGUAAAGUAUAUGCUACUUCUACUAUGUUCUGAAAAUUAGCUAUCCAUUACUAUUUGCUAGUGAUUUUUUAAUGUCAUGUUAUAUUUCAAUUACCCUCCUUUUCUUUCUCAACUGCAGAAUUGUGUAGAUCUACUUAUUUUCUGAUUUCUUUAGUUGCAGUCUAAAAAAAUUAUCACUGAAAAUGUCAGUAUCCUGUAUCAAGUAGCUAACAAUACUUCUUUCCAAAGUGUUUUCAUAAUCACUAUGAAAUCUGAGAAUAAUGAGAAUGUGCUACAUUCUUCCUUUUACAGAAAUUACCUUGUAUUUACAAAGUGUUCUGUACUCCUAUGAUCCCAUUUAAGGAAAUACCUAUUUGUCUUUUCACUGACAACGCUGCAUGAAGCUUCAUUUUUAUUUUUGCAUCAAUAUUUACUUGGGUGCUUCCAUCCAGGUCAUUUAUCUCAAGCCAGGAAGGGAAAGAGUCUUCUUUGGAGUGGUUCAAUGGUAUUUGUGCUAGAAGUUGAGGUAGACUUUGCCCAUUCCUAUUCACACACAUGUCUAGCCUUCAUUUCCCAGACUUUUACUUUUCUACUUAGCAGCUGCCCUUCAGUAAUAACCUUAGCAUCCUCAGCACAAUGUCCUCUGACUAUUCGGUAAUACCCACCUCCUUUCACCACAAAGCAAAUAUGUCCCUAGGUUAAUCCUGUUGAAAGCGUCAAAUAGAAAUUUUAUGAAGACCAUAUCACAGAGCCAUUCCUAUAGUUUGAAUCAAUAAAUAUUUCCAAAUCUCUGCUUGAUGAUAAAAAUGCUACCAUGUGCUUUUCAACACUUGUAACAAAAAUAUAUUUAAAGCAAGUACGUUUUUUA